AUGGCUGCUCUCUGCCGGUAUGUUGUGGGUCCAGCCAUGGUGGUGCACGUUGUCUUGAAGAGUGUCAAGUUUGCACCCUGUGUCAGCUCUCAGGAUGCUACAAAGACAACUCCUGCAAGCCCAGGAGAAAAUGGGCAGACCAUCACGACUACACACACCGGCAAGAUAAAAGCGACCACCUCCGAAAGCAAUCCAGGAAACCCAGCAUCCACCUCUGCAAUGUCAUCUACCACAGUUCAAGGGAGCACCCCUAUAAACAAGCUGGGAAGCACAUCGCCUACCCCUGUGACAUCACCCAGCGCUGCUCAAGGGACCACCCCUACAAGCAACCUGGGAAACUCAGCAUCCAUCUCUGCGAUGUCACCUACCACAGUUCAAGGGAGCACCCCUACAAGCAAGCUGGGAAACCCAUCACCCACCUCUAUGACAUUGCCCCACCUGUCUCAGCAGGUCAGCUCUUCAACCAGCUCCAGAGCCUCAACAGCCACCCCUGCUGCAACCUCGAGCACGGCCCAGCAGAAGACUAGCUCUCUAGCCAGCUUGGGAAGCUUGGUAGCUGCCACUCAUGCAAGCAGCCAUCCAACCACCCCAGGAGGCUCAGGGACUGCUGUCACAUCCUCUCGCAGUGUGGAAACUCAGAGAGGGCAGCCUUCGGACCAGUUGACCAGCACUGCUGCAAGCAUGGGCGUCUCAACGAGCAGCUGUACCCCUGGGCACAAGAACUAUGGUGUCUCUUCUCCCACAUCUGUCACCAAGCAGCUUCACUCUUCUCCCAGUUCUCCAGUCCAGGGACUGACCUCUUCCACACCUGGAAGCAUUGACGCUUUUGUUACCCCUUCUGGUGUAUCCAUCUCCCUCACCACUAGUAAAGCUGUGGGUGAGGAGCAUCCUGGCAGCACCAAGAAGGGCUCAGAGGCAGCCACCACGCCGACUCCUGGAGCAGACCAGAGAAGCCAUGACCUUGGAUCUGUGUCAACCACACCUACAAGUGCUGACCAGAGCCCUGCCAGUGCACAGCCAUCAGCCCCAGCCCUGGGGAACAAGACGGCGAGCAGCAGUCCUGGCCACCAGCACCCUAACGAUUCUUUCCAAAAUCAGAUCAUCUGUAAAGAGGAGGAGCAAAGUGAUUGGCCCAUCAUGCAUCUGAAAGAAGCUAAAACCUGUGCUGAGUGGAAGACCGCCAGCGUCAACAUCUCCUUCUUCGAGAGUUUCUGCUCGACGGGCCAGCGCGCUUUCAAUGCCAGCAGGGAAACGUGCACGGUGAUGCUGAACUCCCGCGAGCUCCGCUCCCAGCACUGGGCCAUGCGGGCGGUCGUGCACUUCCCUUUGGACCCUGAAAAAGUCUUCAAGGAGCUGAAGGAGAAGAAGGACAAGUUAGAGGAGCUUGGGAUCACCAACAUCACCUACGACAAAAUGGAGAAGGAGAUGAUAAUCAACGAUGAGUUCAGCACACCCCUGAUCAUCACCAUCGUCACCCUGGCUGGCUCCCUGCUGCUGAUCGCGGCCAUCUACGGCUGCUGCCACCAGCGCUUCUCCCAAAAGAAGGACCAGCACAUCCACCCUGAUGUCCCCGGGUUUGAUGAUGGACAUGUGGCCCUGAUCUUUAAUCAGCGCCUGACCGAGGAGCUGCAGACAAUGGAGAACGGCUACCACGAUAACCCCACGCUGGAGGUGAUGGAGACCUCCUCUGAAAUGCAGGAGAAGAAGGUGAACCUCAACGGUGAGCUGGGGGACAGCUGGAUCGUUCCUCUCGACACCCUCAUGAAGGAGGACCUGGAGGAAGAGGAGGACACGCAUUUAUAG